AUGCUUCAGGUGUUCAAUCAGUAUUCUAUCAUUUUAGGUGAUGUUGAUUAUACCUGUUCUGGAAACCUUUUCACAACCGAUAAAUCUGGACAAGACGGAGGCAGCUCAUCUUCAGCGUUACCAAUAGACGACAUCUUAAACUCCCUUUCAUCUGACUGGCAAAAUAAUGGACACGCUAGGAGUUUAGGUGAAACCUUCCUCAAACCUCCUUUGCAAUCAAAUAUUGUACUCAACAGAUAUUUGUCACUCUGUUCAGACGCCAAUCUUCCUAUUCGUGCUGAUGUUAGCCAUUCUGAAUUUGUUCCCGAAGAGGCGAAAUCGUCAGUCGAAAGUGAAGUAGUCCAGGAAUUAGAAGUGGGUGAAAGAAAAUUGGAUCCAGAGACUCCAGCCACACUGGAGAUGAGAUUACGUCAAUCAAAAAAUCCCGAUCCAAAAGUUUAUGCUAUUCUUGAGUCAAGUGGCGAGAAACUACCACCACUCAGAGAGCUAGUACCGGAGCCUGCUUUCGAAUGGCCUUUUGAGUUAGACACAUUCCAGAAACAGGCAAUCGUCUGUUUGGAGAAUGAUCGUUCAGUUCUUGUGGCUGCACACACAUCGGCUGGUAAAACAGUUGUAGCUGAAUACGCUUGUGCAAUGUGCAAACGUCGUGGUUCUCGCGCUAUUUAUACCAGUCCUAUCAAAGCUCUCUCUAAUCAGAAAUUCAGAGAUUUUCGGCACACAUUCGGAGAGGAUGUUGGUCUCUUGACAGGUGACAUCAAAGUGGCUCCCAAGUCGAGUAUCCUUGUCAUGACAACUGAGAUCCUUCACAAUAUGCUCUGUAAUUCUGCUGACACUAUUCGUGACCUUGAAGUUGUUAUAAUGGAUGAGGUACAUUACAUGAAUAAUAAGGAGAGGGGCCAUGUUUGGGAACAAUUGAUGAUUUUGCUUCCGCAGUAUGUAAUUCUCGUGCUUUUGAGUGCAACUUUACCCAAUGCGAUGGAUUUUGCUGAUUGGUUGGGUCGAAUUCGCGGCGGAACUACGAUCCACGUGUGCCAGACCCCUAAUCGACCAGUGCCGCUGGAGCAUUAUCUGUAUACCGGAUGCGAUACUGCUACGAGGGAGAACACGUAUUUGGUGGUGGAUAAGGAUAGUCAAUUUAGUCGUGCAGGCUACUUAGAGGCUAAGGAAUCGCUGACCAAGCCGAAGAAGGUCACCAAGAAGGGCAAUGUCUCCGGUGGACUAGAAACUUCUGAAGAUGCUGAAGAACUUGCCCUUAAAGCGGCCAAAAAGAAGCCCAAGUCUCAGUACACUGGAGGCAAAGUCAAUACUCCUGGUCGUCAGAACUACAUGCCAAAAACGGACAAAGACGCUUACGAUCGUAGCAAGAAAACCGCUACUACCGUGUGGGUGGGACUGAUAAGAAUGCUCAAGGAACACGAGCUCAUGCCUGUCAUUGUUUUCUGUUUCUCUCGGGCCAAAAUUAAUAACCUUGCUCAAUGUCUAUCGUCUGUCGAUUUACUCAGUAAACCGGAGAAAAGUGAAGUGAUCAAAUUCCUUCGUGUGGCCGUUGGAUCACGUCUGAAGGGUUCGGACAAGUCGUUAGCUCAAGUACUUCUUAUCCGAUCACUUGCUGUUCGAGGUAUUGCUAUCCAUCACGCUGGUAUGCUACCACUCCUUAAAGAGGCUGUUGAGAUGUUAUUUCAACGUGGAUUAGUACGAAUUCUUUUCGCAACAGAGACUUUUGCAAUGGGCGUUAACAUGCCUGCUCGGUGUGUCAUUUUCACUUCCCUUCUGAAACACGAUGGAAGUCAACAUCGACCUCUCACAGCAGGUAAGAUCUUUCCAAUCGUUUUUUAUUAA